UUAACUUUUGAAUGCUUGCAACUAUGGCCAGAGUUUCUCAAGCCACAUUUCUUCUUAUCCCUCUGCUAGUCCUUUUACUAAAUAAAUCCUCUCAUGCUGCUGGUGGAAUUUCAAUCUACUGGGGUCAAAAUGGAAAUGAAGGGACUCUAGCACAAACAUGUGCCACAGGAAGAUAUGCUUUUGUUAACAUAGCCUUCCUCAACAAAUUUGGCAAUGGUCAAACCCCAGAAAUGAACCUUGCCGGUCAUUGCAACCCGGCAAACGGUGGCUGUAAAAUUGUCAGCAGUGGCAUCAAAAGUUGCCAACAGCAAGGAAUUAAGGUGCUGCUUUCUCUUGGUGGUAGCAUUGGAAAUUAUACUCUGGCCUCUAAGGAUGAUGCCAGAGGUGUCGCAUAUUAUUUAUGGAACAAUUUCUUGGGCGGUCAAUCGUCUUCUCGUCCUCUAGGUGAUGCGGUGUUGGAUGGCAUUGAUUUUGGCAUAGGGCAAGGUUCAACACUGUAUUGGGAGGAUCUGGCACGUUUCCUAUCUAAAUAUGGCGAGCAAGGUAGAAAGGUGUAUUUAGCAGCAGCUCCUCAGUGUCCCUUCCCGGAUAGAAAUUUGGGGACUGCCCUUAAAACUGGACUUUUUGACUAUGUUUGGGUCCAAUUCUAUAGCAACGGUCCUUGCCAGUAUAGUUCAGGCAAAACUACUAACCUCAUAAACUCUUGGAAUCAGUGGGCUGCAUCAUUAGUUGCAGGAACAAUAUUUCUAGGCUUGCCAGCAGCUCCUGCAGCAGCCAGAAGUGGGUACAUUCCACCGGAUGUAUUGACUUCUCAAAUACUUCCGGUGAUAAAGAUGGCACCAAAGUAUGGUGGUGUUAUGCUUUGGUCAAAGUUUUGGGAUGAUUGGAACGGGUACAGUCGCUCCAUUCUGAGCAGUGUAUGAAACAUUGAAUUGGUCCUACUCUGCUAGCUCUAAUAACAAAUGUGGACGCAAUUCCAUUAAGAAAAGCAAAUGAGAUGAAUAAUUACUGUUUGUUUUGCUUGGAAUAGUCUACAGAUAGCAAAUAC